UAAAAUGUUGCAACCCCGUCACAUCCACCAUAAGGCAAUUAAAAAAAAACACCAACCAAUUAGGAGACUGGCUUCAUAAGUACUAUUUUGAUUAAUCUUCAAGCUGAUUCUUUCUUUCUUCUUUCAACUUUCUUUAUUCUCCUCUCUCUCUCUCUCUCCUAAUUGAAAGAAAACCACAAAAGCAAAUAUGGAAAAACACCAAGUCAUUAUACUCCCAUUGCUUGUCUCCAUUGUUAUUGCCCUUGGCUUUAUCUCCUUCUCUCUUUGCAUAGCUGCUGAAUUCAAGAAAUCAAAGGAGAAAGAUCUGAGGCUAGAUGGAAAGUAUUGUUACUUCCCUGGUAGUUCAGCAUUUGGACUGGGAAUUGCAGCAUUAACAUGUUUAUUCAUUGCUCAAUUCAUUGGAAACAGCUUGUUAAUAUGCACAAAGUUCUUCUCAAGGGAUAAAAUUGGAAACUUGAGUUGCAAUAAAGCUGAGAAGAAGAAGCACAUCCUUGUUGGCCUCUUUUUGGCACUUUCAUGGAUCUGUUUUGGAAUUGCUGUGAUUUUGCUAGGGGCAGCAACAAGUAUGAGCAGAAGUCAGCAUUAUGGUGAAGGUUGGUUAAAUGGAGAAUGUUACAUAGUCAAAGAUGGAGUCUACACUGCCUCAGCAAUUUUGGGAUUGAUCACUUUGGGUUCCACCCUUGGUUUAGCAAUUAUGAAAAUAAGGAAGAGAAAUCAAGUUGAACAAGAUACAAAUGUGCAUGACAAGUAGUACUUCUAUAGAAAUAUAGAAGAUCAUAAUUGAAAUUAUUUGUAGAUGUUAGCAAAUUGUCUUGUAUUUAUUUUUAAUUUUAAUGAAGCUCCAGCGUGAA